CUCCACCCGCCCCUAUCGUGAAUGAAGUGCUGUUUACAAUAUGAGGUUUGGAGGAGGAUGUCGAAGGCUCACAGGGGUGGAAGAGGAGCCUCCAGAUCCAGGAGAGCUUCUUCCUCUCAGACGGCCGGUCAGGAGGUUUGGAGACCCGGUUCUGAUGACCGCCAUCAGGAUCCGCUGCCAGACCCGACCCAGACACUGAGCCAGGAGCUACCUGGAUAUUUAACUCCUCUGCCCUCGGAGUCUGUUUUUGUGUCCACAGGUCAGGAUCACUGGAGGAGGAAGUGGCAGAGCGGCAGCCAGCAGAGCCCAGAUGACGGACGUCCAUCCACUCCAUUUAAAAGACCUGCUACAUGGUCUCACAGAGAUUCCUCAGCGGGCAUCAUGUCCACAUCAUCUUUGUCCCUCUCUGAGGACAAUGUAAAGAGGCGGUUCUGUAGAGAGUCAUUAAGCCUGAGCAGCAGAGGCACGUACAGCGUCUGUUGGAGGAGGAGCGGUGAUGGAUCGGAGAGCCCAAACGAACAGGGCAGUUGUGGCAAACGCUGUUUGUCCAGGUGCGACAGCCUCGAAGAGUGGAUGAACCCUCCGCUGCCAGGUCAAGUUCCUGUCGAGCCAACAGUGACUUUAGAGAGUUGGAGACAGCAGAGGCUUGCCAUGGAGUCUCCUCCUGUGAACAAGAGCUCAACAGAAAAACCUACAGAAAGGAGGAAGAGGAAAGGAUUUCGAUCUUUCUUGAAGAUGCUGUGGAAGGCCAUGAAGAGUCCUUUCAGCUGCUGUUGCCACAGUAGUGCUGGGGAUGUUGUGGAGCCUUUUGUCCCUCCAGCAGAUCUGGAGUCGUCACCUGAUCCUGAGCCGUCACCUGAUCACUCCAGAGUCAAGACAAAGAAAGAGUCCUUUGAGUCUCUCUUUAACGUGGGAGAGAUGAUUGGAUCCGGAGGAUUUGGCAGGGUGUACGAGGGGAGACGCAAAUUUGAUGGCAAAAAGGUUGCCAUCAAGCGGAUUCGCAAGACUGACAACAACCGUUAUCUUGAUAUUCCUGGGCAUCCCGAACCUCUCGUUACAGAAGUGGCGCUGCUGCUGAUGAUGAGGCGAGAACCCAUCAGCCCCUACGUCAUACAACUAUACAAUUGGUUUGAACAUCCUCGAAAGUUCACUCUGGUUAUGGAGUUCCCUGAACCCUGCGAGAGCUUGCUGGACUUCAUCAUUCGUCAUCCUCAACUGGACGAAACAACAGCACGGGUCAUCAUGCGACAGGCUGUGCUGGCAGUACAACACUGCAUUGAGCGUGGCGUUUUUCAUAAUGAUGUUCAUGUGCAGAACUUCCUGUUGAAGAAGAACACGUUCGAGCUCAAGCUGAUAGACUUUGGCUGCGGUCAGCUGUUUAGUAGCGAUGGCUACGAGAGCAACGUAUACCUCGGAUUACCGGAUUACUGCCCACCUGAAGUCCUCACAGAACCGAGAUUCCACGCCGUCGCAGCGAACGUCUGGGCUCUAGGAGUGUUGUUGUACGAGAUGGUGAACACGUGUUCUCCUUUUAGGGAUGGAAUGGGAAUCGUACAAGCUAAAGUUACAUUUCGGAACUCCAACUUAUCCAAAGAAUGCAGAGAUCUGAUUAGCCAGUGCCUAACCCGGGAUCCAACUAAACGGCCGACAUUAGAGCAGAUGUUACAAGAUAAGUGGAUUAGAAAUGAUCUAGAUUGGAGAAGCUCAGGAGAUUCACCCCAUCAGUGAUUUCAGGAAAUAACAUGCUUGCUGUCCUUGGUGGAGGACUUGAGCUCGAGACUUGACCCGAAGCCUGAAGACCAACCCCAACCUGACAGGAACUCCAGCCGCCACACCAGAGAUCAGAGCCUGUCCACGUCUGAGCGAGAACAGAGAGACCGCGAGACAUCAGUUCAUCACAGACACAUUUGCUUUGUUUUUAAGUCAAGACAUCUUUAUUUAUUUAGCACUUUUUUAUAUGACCAAUCUGUAUAU